ACACACAGGAAAAAAAAAUCUUUUACUAUAUCUUUUGUGGUUGCUAAUAAGCUUAAUUCAUAUACUUAACUGUCUUUUGAACAAUUCUUAGCACCACAAAGAAUACUCUUCCUCUUCCUAAAAAAAGGAGAAAUAAAUAAAAAGCUCUAGUCCAAACCAAGAGCCUCUGUAGGUUGUCUUAAUUGCUAUGUUGCAUUGCAGUGGACUGACUGAUUUUUGGCACAAGCUAUCAUACACAAAGUUCCUAAAAUAAAAUGCUCCAGGAUAUCCUAGGAACUCUUAGAAGGCUUUAAAAGGGGACUUGCACACUGAAAGAGUAACUUUUGAGGACGACAGUUCAGACAAGGAGAAUGACUAUCAUAGCAGAAUUACGUGACUAAUUGAGACUUUGCAGUGGAUGCAGACUGUUCUCGCCACCUAACUUAUCAUAGUUAGGGGGAGCUUGAGAAUCCAGUUUUGAUAAAGACAAUUGUUUUUUCCCCUCCCAAAGUGACUAUACAUUUAAAUAGCUAAAACAUCUGUGCAGCAACCUAGUAAAACAUAUAUACUCGGACUGUGUGAGCAAAAAGCCUGCCAAACAGUCGCUUGAGAGGGACUUUGCUGAGAGAGAGCACCAAGAUAAAGCAACUGCUGUUUGUUUUGUCUAGUCAAAGGAGAGCCAAGGCAACCAAUUUUUUGAGUUUCUUUUAUUUCAUUUGUGAAAGAUUAUUGUGAGAAAGGGUGUUGAGGGGAAGUUUCCCGACAGGAAUUUUUAAAGCCGUCUAUUAGCAGACUAGCAGGAGAGUCUUGGAUGUCAACGCCUGACAAACUCUUGAGACCAGCUACCAAACCACGAAAAGUGACUUUCUUUCUGAGUCUUCUCUUCAGCCCUUCUGAUGGAAGCAGAAACAGGGAGCACCAUGGAGCCUGGCAAGGGGACCAACCGAGGUAUUCGAAUUGCACUGGCCCUGUUCAUUGGUGGCACUCUGGUGCUGGGCACACUGCUCUUUCUAGUGAGUCAAGGUCUCCUCAGCUUCCAAGCUAAACAGGAGUACUGCAUGAAGCCAGAGUGCAUAGAAGCCGCUGCUGCCAUCAUGAGCAAAGUAAAUCUUUCUGUGGAUCCUUGUGAAAAUUUCUUUCGAUUUGCCUGUGAUGGCUGGAUAAGCAAUAACCCAAUUCCUGAAGAUAUGCCAAGCUAUGGGGUUUAUCCUUGGCUGAGACACAAUGUUGACCUCAAGUUGAAGGCACUUCUGGAGAAAUCAGUCAGUCGAAGGCGGGACAUUGAAGCUGUUCAGAAAGCCAAAAUCCUUUAUUCAUCCUGUAUGAAUGAGAAAGCAAUUGAAAAAGCAGAUGCCAAGCCACUUCUCCACAUCUUGCGGCAUUCACCUUUUCGCUGGCCUGUGCUUGAAGCUAAUAUUGGUCCUGAAGGGGUUUGGUCGGAGAGAAAAUUCAGUCUACUGCAAACGCUUGCAACAUUCCGUGGUCAAUACAGCAAUUCUGUGUUCAUCCGUUUGUAUGUGUCCCCUGAUGACAAGUCAUCCAACGAACAUAUUUUGAAGCUGGACCAAGCAACACUCUCCUUGGCUGUGAGGGAAGAUUUCCUUGAUAACAGCACUGAAGCCAAAUCUUAUCGGGAUGCCCUUUAUAAGUUCAUGGUGGACACUGCUGUGCUUUUAGGAGCUAAUAGCUCUCGAGCUGAACAUGAUAUGAAGUCAGUGCUUAGAUUGGAAAUUAAGAUAGCUGAGAUAAUGAUUCCACAUGAAAACCGGACCAGUGAGGCUAUGUAUAAUAAAAUGAACAUCUCAGAACUCAGUGCUAUGAUUCCCCAGUUUGACUGGCUGGGCUAUAUCAAGAAGGUCAUUGAUACCAGACUCUACCCUCACUUGAAAGACAUCGGCCCCUCGGAGAAUGUGGUGGUCCGCGUCCCACAAUACUUUAAAGAUUUAUUUAGGAUAUUAGGCUCAGAGAGGAAGAAAACUAUUGCCAACUAUUUGGUGUGGAGAAUGGUUUAUUCCAGAAUUCCUAACCUCAGCAGGCGCUUUCAAUAUAGAUGGCUGGAAUUUUCAAGGGUAAUCCAGGGGACCACAACUCUUCUGCCUCAGUGGGACAAAUGUGUUAACUUUAUUGAAAGCGCCCUCCCUUACGUUGUGGGGAAAAUGUUCGUGAAUGUUCAUUUCCAGGAAGAUAAGAAGGAGAUG